AUGUCUGCAGACAACUCCAACACUUCAGCUGUAUUGACGGCUACGGAAGCUGUUGGAUACGAUCCCGGUAGCUUGGAUGAACUUGUAGCCAAAUUACAUGAAAUCUACUUAAAGAAUGUAAAACCUCUUGAGGAUAUGUAUAAGUACGAUUUGUUUCGUCCAAGUUGGUUUGAAGAGACUAUUCUUAAUCAAAAACCUUUUAUUACAUUCUUUGGUCCUUGGUCUGCUGGGAAAAGUACAUUUAUCAAUCACCUUUUACAAGAUAAUUAUCUCUGGACAGGGCCACAACCAACAACGGCUGAGUUUACUGUUGUGGUUUAUGGUGAAGAGGUGAGUCCAAUUAACGGUCAUGUUCUCGCUAAUACGAAAAAUCUUCCUUUUAAAGGAUUAACAGAAUUUGGAGAAUCUUUUCUUGAAAACUUUCAGGGUUUACAAGUUCCACAUGAACUCUUAAAACGUGUUACCUUGAUUGAUACCCCUGGUGUACUUGAGAGUGCUAAAGAUAUACGUGAACGAAGAUUUGAUUAUAUUAAAGUAAGUCGUUGGUUUGCAGAACGUAGUGAUCUCAUUUUUGUACUUUUUGAUCCUUCAAAACUGGAUGCUGGUAUUGAAUUAAAAAUGAUGUUUAAACACGCUUUUCGUGGAAUGGAGGGAAAGGUACGCAUUGUAUUGAAUAAGGCGGAUAGUGUUAAUACACAAGAACUUAUGCGAGUCUAUGGAAGUCUAUUUUGGAAUUUAUCCAAUUUUAUUAACUGUACAGAACCUCCACGUGUAUAUGUAGGAAGUUUUUGGGAUCAACCAUACAAAGAAGGGACAUUUACUUUACUCUUUACAGAAGAGAAGACAGACUUAUUACAUGAAAUCAUGGAAGUUGUACCUCAACAAGCACGUGAUAGGAAAGUAGCAAGUCUUAUUAAACGUGCAAAAGAAGUUUUGGUACAUGCCCUUAUAGUAGGUGGAAUGCGAUCGGAAUUACCAAUUCUAUUUGGUAAAGAAAAAGCAAAACGAAAGGCACUUGAUAAUUUACAAAAAACAUAUGAAGUAAUGGCAUCUAAAUACAAAAUGAAUUGGAAAGAUUUUCCUCCAGUUGAAGAGUAUCGUACUUUUUUGGAUAAAUUUGAUUUGGAAAAAUUUCCUGAACUGGAGAAGGCAGAAAAAGAUGGUCGUAUUAGCAAUCUCCAAAAAUGUAUUGAUACAGUUCUUCCUUCUUUACUGCGGCCUGUGAAGAAAACGGCAGCGGCAGAUCCGAGAAAUAAAGCCGAACGUGAACAACUUCAGCAGAUGUACUACAGUGGUGUGCGCUCCCAGUAUGAGGGACGGGAUGGAAAACAGGGAAGUAGUGAUGUUGUGCAUCCAUCACUCCGCACUAGUGCUGUGCAGUCAUCUGCGGGAAAUUACAACAACAACAACAACAACAACAACAACACAGCAGCAACAACAACAACAACAACAACGCAACCGGCCGCAGUGAACACAAACACCAAUACUAAUACUAAUACUAAUACUACUGCUGUAUCUAAUGAUCAGGCACAAAUGCUCAUGGGAAUGAUGAUGCAGAUGUUACAACAACAACAACAACAACAACAACAGCAACAAGGGAUGGAUGCACUUUCUCCUCCAAUUAAACGUGAGGAAGAGGUGGACUGA